AAACUUCAUAUGCAGGUUUUAUACGCAAGCGCAUAUCAUGCCUAUCUCGUCCACACCUACGGUUGUAUUCCUGCCCCCCAUUACAUCAUGCAUUUUUGGUCUGGACAAUAUUGGUCGAUUUUUUCUUUGCCAGCUCUCGAUCGACCCUCACUCACUGUAACACAUUGGUAACAUCCUAAGGGCAGCUUGUAUUAUCUGGUCCGACAACAUUGUCUAUCAUGUCCGGACCUAUCUCCGCCACCGGCGACUUCUACAAUAACUAUUAUACCGCUCCACAACAACCCGGUCUUGUCACCCAGAACUUCAAUGCCCAUUCAGUCCCCAUGACAAUGAAAAUGGAUAUCGCUUUCGCCCAAAAUACUCUCUUUCAGUGCCCUUCACCAGCAUCGUUGCUCCCGGACAUGGAUGCGACGGUGAAGCCAGAGGACAUGACCCAACCGUCCGAGGAUAUCCCACCGUAUAUCACACCACCAUCCGACGGGAACUCGAGUCCCGAUAGAUUUACAGAAUCUCCCAACAUUCAUACCCGGGCACUGGCAGUGACUUCCAAGAAGAGGCGGACCAGCUGGGCAAGCCCCAUAGAUCCACCGCCGCCAGCUGCGCCUGGGAGCACGUCUCGAGAAAAGAACCGCAUCGCAGCCACCAAGUGUCGUCAGAAGAAGAAGAAGGAGGAGCGCAAACUGGAGGAGAAGAGGAGGUUCUUAGAGGCCCAGAACGUCAUGCUUUCCAACUCGGCCGCCGCCCUUCGAUACGAAGUCUUGCAACUCAAGCACGAAGUUCUUAAACAUGGUACCUGUGGUUUCCCCCCAAUCGAGACAUACAUCGAGUCGUCGGCUGCCCACUUCAGUCGAUAAUACCUCGGGAAUUCAACUCUUCGCACGCUAUGUGAUUUUAGGGAUUCAAUACGUACAUGAGGAGUAAUGGGUAGAUGGGUUCGAUAUCCAAUGGCCCUCUACAAUGAGACUCUCGGGUCUCUCGGCGUUCCGGUGCUGUGUUUUUUUUUCCACUCAUUUCAGUUGGUCGACCGAUAGAUGCAAGAAGAGAUGGUGUGGCCAAUGCCAGCUCUGCGUGGUGUUGACGGACUCAGUUAGGUGGAUUGUCAGACCUUAUAACUACCAAAAAUACCUCAUUCUAACGAGUGGGUCCCUCGUCUUUUGACGGUCAAUUUGGUCCAACAACAGUCAGGGGUUAGGAAUUUCAGGUAAGG